AUGUCGAAUCCUCGUAUCGUCAUUGGACUUGACUUCGGCACCACUUAUAGUGGUGUCGCCUGGGCUUUGAGAGAUUGUCCAGAUAAGCCAGAAGUCAUAAUGUCGUGGCCUGGAGCUGGGAACCGUUUGUGGCCAACAGGGACAACACCUAAAGUCCCUAGCACCAUGGCGAUCAAAUGCGGUGGGCGUGUCCAUUGGGGUUACCAAACCAACUACCUUGCUGGAGAUAAUAUCCGGGGCAUGAAGCUAUUAUUAGAUGAGCCCCAGAAUUCAGGAUACGUAGCAUCUUUGAUAGAUGCGGGACUGCUCAAAAGGUCGCGCAUACCUGCGGUUACUUUGACAGGCAUGUAUCUAACAGGACUGGUUGACCACACCAAGAAGAUUCUCCAGAGGCGCUUUGGCCCAGCAGCCGAACAGAUGGAGAUGAAGUAUGUCCUAACGGUGCCGGCCAUUUGGUCUGAUAAGGCAAAGGAUGCGACCUUAAAAGCUGCUUCAAGGGCCAAAAUCCCUCAGAAGGAUAUUACUUUAGUAUCUGAGCCAGAGGCGGCAGCUUUGUACUGCCUCAAUGCAAUUCAACCUAACUCCAUCGAGAACAACGAUGUUGUCGUAGUAUGCGAUGCCGGUGGUGGUACUGUGGAUCUCAUCUCAUACUGCGUGAAGACGGUGUCUCCAUUGCGCUUGGAGGAGGUAUCCGAGGGCAGCGGUAUGCUAUGCGUCCAGCCAAGACGCUAUGUAAAUCGGCUGACAAAAACAGGUGACAUCUGUGGAUCGGUUCUGCUCGAUGCCGCAUUCAAGACUUUUCUCAAUGUCCUGGUGAAUGAUAAGCACCUAAGUGGAAAAUCCUCCGAAUUGGCGUUGAAGUACUGGCAAGAUCAAAUUAAGCCCAAUUUUGCAAGUGACCCGGACUUUGAAGAGGAGACCCAUUUUGUACCUCUGCCUGGAUUGAAGGACAACCCCAAGAUAGGUCUACAAGAUGGGUUUCUUCAGCUGGAGGGUGCACAGAUUAAGAAGAUCUUCGAUCCGGUUGUUGACCGAGUCAAGGUGCAGAUAGUUCACCAGGUUAAUAGCGCUAGAGCGAAAAAUAUGCCAGUGAAGGCAAUCCUUCUGGUGGGAGGAUUCGGGUCAUCCGAGUACCUCUAUCACUGUAUUCAGGAAACAUUCAGUGACAUUGCUGUGAUGCAGCCACCAAAUUCGUGGUCUGCGGUGAUGCUUGGUGCGGUUCGAUAUGGUUUGGGAGGCAACCAGGUUACGAACCGAAUUGCUCGAUGCCACUAUGGUAUUUGGCAUGAAACACAUAAUCCCGACACAAUGGCUAAGUUUCCAGACGCAAAGAGAUUCUGGGAUGACUUGAAGGAAAGGUGGUAUAUUCGCGACAUGAUGAAGUGGUAUAUCCACAAGGCAAGAAAACCCAUUAGGAUGGGUUUUGACACGACCGUUGCUGUUGGCAGAACGCCCAGUGUUUUUAGCAGACUAAAAAUAUGCCUUCACAGUGAAGCGCCAGAACGUAGCGAUAGUAGUGUCUACCAGUUGUGUACCUUGACAACUGAUUUAAGCAGUGUACCAACUCAAUACUUCACAAAACACACGAACAGCAAAGGCACAGAGUACUACACUAUUAGUCAUGUCAUGAUUAUGACCCCGGGGUCCGCCUCGAUUAAAUUCGAGCUGGAGUUUAAUGGCCAAUCGUAUGGGGAGGUUCAGGCUACUUAUUUCGAUUGA